AGGGUUUGUUACGAAUCUGCUGAAUGUGUCGCCAGAUAUUUUGAAUAUUGUGUUGUUGCCCGCGCGAGAGACCACUACCCGAUAACAGUUAUGGGCUGCCACCUUGAUUUAUCGACGCGACAGUUGUACUUUCUUAAAAAUGAGCUACCUUCUCUUAAAAUUGAGUCGCGUUGCUUUGGGCUUUUAUUUACCUUUUAUUUACAAUUAUUGGUACAAGUAAUGAGCGAGGCACCAUCUCCAGGACAUGCUGAGGAUUUGGCCAAGCGACCACAAUUUGGCACCCGGCUGCUUCAGGAGAUAGACGAUGUUUAUAAGCAUAAUGCUUGGGACCACGUGGAAUGGGAUGCCGAGCAGGAGGAAGCAGCCCAAAAGGCAGUAGCCCAGAAUUCGGGUACCAAGAUGAGCGAAGAACAAAAGGAGCGUUUUCAAACGGGGGCUGCCCAAUUCUGGGAUUCAUUCUAUGGCAUACACGAUAACCGCUUUUUUAAGGAUCGACACUGGCUGUUCACAGAAUUCCCAGAGCUUGCGCCGAUUAACACACAACAAGCUAAACCGGUCCAUGUGGAGCAACAAGAACAACCGCGCAGCAUUUUUGAAUUGGGAUGUGGUGUGGGCAACACCAUAAUGCCACUUCUACAGUACUGUACGGAGAGUAAACUGAAAGUGUACGGCUGUGAUUUCUCCAGCAGGGCCAUUGAGAUAUUGCAACGUCAACAGCAAUACAUUGAGGAUAAACGUUGCGAGGUGUUUGUUAUGGAUGCUACGCUGGAACAUUGGAAAGUGCCGUUCGAGGAGGAUUCACAGGACAUUAUUGUCAUGAUUUUUGUACUAUCGGCCAUUGAGCCCCAUAAGAUGCAGCGGGUAAUAGACAAUUGCUAUCGAUACCUUAAGCCAGGAGGACUGCUAUUGUUCCGGGAUUAUGGCCGCUAUGAUUUAGCACAAUUGCGCUUUAAAAAUGGCAAAUGCUUGGAGGACAAUUUCUAUGUCAGAGGUGAUGGCACCAUGGUAUAUUUUUUCACCGAACAGGAGCUGAGAGAAAUGCUAACAAAGGCGGGUUUGCAAGAGGAACAGCUCAUUGUGGACCGACGACUGCAAGUUAAUCGGGGACGUUGCCUAAAAAUGUAUCGUGUGUGGAUACAAACAAAAUUCCGUAAACCCCUGUAGAUAGUUUGUCUUGCUUGACAUGCAAUAAACAUAUGUCUUUUCAUA